CUUCCUUCGAGUCUCGAGUUCGUUUCUCUUUCCUCUUGUUGCAACCAAAAUCCAACGUCAGUCGUUACUUUGCGCAGCUCGUAGUUCUCUCUCGAUAUCUCGGAGUUCGAGUCGUUCAUUUCUAGAGGAACAGACUGAGAUCAUAGGCGGAAACUCGGUACAUUACUAGGAAUUUGGAGUUCGAGCAACAAUGUUUCGAUUGGUCCAGCUCGCGACCCUUGCGCUCCUUGCGACCUCCACCUUCGCUGUCCAGACAAUCACCAUCAAUGGAGCGGAUCUAGUCAAUUCGGUCACUGGAGAUCGAUUUCAGAUCGUUGGUGUCGCGUACCAACCGGCGGGAAGUUCAGGUUAUAAUCCCGGAUCAGAUCCCCUAAGUGAUAAGGAUAUUUGCUUGCGCGAUGCUGCAUUGAUGCAACGAUUGGGGGUGAACGCUAUUCGGGUCUACAAUGUCGAUCCAAACGUCAAUCAUGAUGCUUGUGCUAGUAUAUUCAAUGCCGUCGGUAUUUAUAUGAUCCUGGACGUGAACUCCCCUCUGGCUGGUGAAAAUAUUGAUCGGAGCGCACCAUGGGAGAGCUACUACCUGGGCUACGUCAAUCGCACCUUUGCAGUAGUGGAGGCUUUCAAGGGCUACCCAAACACAAUGAUGUUCUUCUCUGGUAACGAGGUCAUCAACGACCUACCUACUGGCAAGACCGUUCCUCCAUAUAUGAGAGCUAUCACUAGAGAUCUCAAGAAUUACGUUGCAAAGCAUUGCGACCGAAAGAUUCCUGUGGGAUACAGCGCUGCAGAUGUCCGCGAAAUCCUUCUUGAUACAUGGAACUACCUUCAGUGUACCACGACUGGAGACACCUCAGAUCCUUCUAGAGUCGAUGUCUUUGCCCUCAACAGCUACUCCUGGUGUGGCGAGUCAACCUUCCAGAGAGCUCAGUAUGAUGUCCUCGUGUCAGAUUUCGCCAAGACUAGUGUCCCGGUCUACUUCUCCGAAUAUGGCUGCAAUGUGCCAUACCCAAGAGUCUUUACCGAAGUCCCUGUUCUCUAUGGGCCUCUUGUAACCCCUGUUCUCUCAGGAGGUCUGGUUUACGAGUACACGCAAGAGACGUCGAACUACGGACUUGUCACCUUGAACAGUGACGGAACUGCAGAUCUUCUCGGGGAGUACGAUACGCUCCAGAAGCAAUUCAAUACCCUCAAUGGCACCGAACUCCAAAGCAUGACCGCCGCAAAUACUACCAACAGUCCUCCAAAUUGUACCGCCUCAUUGAUCACUAAUGAUGGCUUCAACAACAACUUCACAAUCCCUGCAGUCCCUCCUGGAGUCCAGGAUCUGAUCGACAACGGCGUUGCCAAUGCCCCGGUCGGUAAGAUCAUUCCAGUCACAGCUACCAAGGUCACUCAGCAAGUAAAGCAAAGUAAUGGGGAUGUCAUUCAAGGUCUGGCUAUCACUCCAUUGCCUGAAGAUCAAAGCAAUAAUCCGUCAGGGGCAACCACAACAACGAGUGCAGCUCCAGCAGCUACAACCACCAAGAAGAGUGGAGCAGUGGAUGUUCGUGCUAGCGCUACCCUACUGGUAGGUGUAGCUGCUUUGGUGGUGGGUUGGACGUCGUUACUUUGAACCUUGGGAUUGUGCCUUCUUAUAUUCUUGCACAUAUUUGAGCGAAUGCUUGACGAGAAAUGAGAUCUGUUCGUUAUUGAUACUUAUUCCUUUUGCCAUUCUCUGUUGUAGAUGGAGUACCUUCGAGUUGGUGAAGAAGUACUGCAUAUAUGUUUGAUGAAGCGAUGCAUAGCUGUAAGCAUUAUACUGAGCGAAUUCAUGUCGAUACGUUCUUCUUUCUUCAUCUGUUGUGAAUUCCGCCCUUGCUGUAAACCCGAAGCCAUUCUGAAAGUUAUUAUGCAAUGUUGUGGCUCCGCGAUUUCCUGGAUGACCUUGGGAACACUGAGGUACUGAGUCUGAAAUCUCAAUGUCCGUUUUGGGGUAAUCAUACUCUAUUGAGGUUGAGAAUCUACUAUCAGCACCAGACUAAGAAUCUAUACAUUUCUUCAAUAUUCUCAAUUUAACAUUCGAUCCAUCUCAUCGUCCAAAUCAUUUCCAUUCCUGAAAUUGAGCAGUGUCAAAAUGCAAACUACGAAUACGGAUCCAUCAUAAGCUCCCG